AUGAGAAUCAGGGAUACAGGUAUGGCUAUUGAUUUGCUUCAUAUUCACAGAAUCCUCUCCACCCUAUUGGAGAUAAAGGGAAUAAUCAUCUCGAGAUAUAUAAAAGGUAGAGAUAAUAUCCAGAAAAUAACCAAAUUAUUGCUGAAAGCUGGUGAGCAAAAGCUUUUAUGCACCUUGGAAGAGCCAAUGGACAAGGACUCAAUUCGGAGAACAAUCAUGGAGCAUGAUAAGGUCUUCAGACAGCAGGUGCAUGAGCUGCAUCGUUUGUAUCAUGUACAAAAAUCAUUGAUGGCUGAAUGCGAUAACCAUAGUUAUCAACCGAGAACAGAAGAAACUCAUGAAAUGGUGCAGGGAUCAAGGUCGAAUCUCAAGAGUAGUCCUUCUACCUCAGGGAUAAAUCAAUCUACUCGCCUUGGUAAUGCACAACACUCAACUCCCCAGCAAGUACCUGAAGAUUUGAGUCUUCAUGAAUGCAAGCCAGUAAACUGCCUCAGCCUCUUUAGUGAAGAAAACUCAACAGUCAAAGAAAGAUUUCACAGGGAGAACCAUAAAUCACCUGAAGAUGAAAGUUGGAAUGCCGCUGUAGAGAGUGAUCUUGACCUCAAACUAAGCAUUGGCCCCAGUUCACAUUCACCAAAAAGACCGCACUGGCUAUUCUCGGGAAGCAGGAAAAGAAACCCUUCUGGUCAGCAUCGAUGA